AUGUCACUCCCUACAAAGCGUUUGCACCGGCUCUCGAUUAGCAAUGACAUGCCUGAUCGACGUUCUCUAGGAGAGGGACCUGCCCGUCCUGACAGUGGGCAAAUUGAAAGCAGCACAGACGAAAGCGAAUCCGAUGAAGAAGUGUUUUCUAAAAUGCACACGAUACAGGGAAGCUCCGGCAUCAAAUACAGUCUCGACAAGCUGGAGAACGACGCCGAAGCGAGAGCUCUUGUCGGACUAACGAGCGAAUUUGAUAUUACCACUUGCAGCAAAUGGCCAACGGGCUAUCGUUUUCAGCUCUCAGAGCAUCAGCAGGUGCACGUUGGCCCGGAUGGCUACACUUGCACUUGCUUGACGUUUUUGAGCUGCCCUACUGUGGCGUGUCAGCACAUCUUCUGGCUUCUCGAUCAGCUUCACAGCAACUUCACCCCCCAAGACACCUCCAACACCAUCCCACUCUCAAGCGACGGCCACCCCCCAGGCCACCCCCGCAUCGAGCACCUCCUCCACGGGAAACUAGAACAGAUCGCAGACCAACACAACUGGCCCUACACCCGCUCCGAAUCCGAAGGCGGCAUGACCCGUCCCCAAAAAGUAAAAGACAUCAUGACAGCCUUCAACCCGACCAUCCUCCCAGAAGAUUUCCGUCCCGAUCUCAAAGACGACACCGCGCACCGCCGCACCCCAGAGCAGUGCGUCGUCCAGGGUGACUUCGAAGCCACUAUGUUCAGACUAGCCACCCACGACGACGCGGUCUACUCCCGUCUGUGCAAGGCUAUGCCCCCCGGCGCUUGCGCAGCUAUCUACUUUGAUAAAAUUCAAGGACAGUCCCGGAAAUUACUCGCUGAUUUCGACCGCUACGCUCUGACGGGCCACCUCCCCGCUGAAAACAACGACAACAGCCCCAUAGACGUCCGCGCCGUCCUCCACGAAAUUCAACUCAACGUUCACCGCAUUCAAAACAACAUCAUCGCGCGCGCUCCACACGGCACAGAAAGCGCAUCCAAAGCCCUCAUCACGCUCCUCGAGGACAUCUGCAACCGCAACAAAGACGCCCUAGACGGCAACAGAUGGGGCCGGACGACCUUCCACGGCGAAGACGAGGACAACCGCAACCUGUACCAUCAGCUUAUUGGCACUGCCGAGGAAACAGGGCGCUGUUUUGUGCUCGAUGCGCUGGAGCAUCUGCCUGCGUCGGCGCUUCACCAGUUUGGGGAUAGGUUGAUGGGUGUUCAGCGGAAGGCCGAGGUCAAUCGUGCGCCGAAGGCGUAUAUAUUGAAGCUUGGGGGGCUUGUGAGGAGGGCUGAGGCUGUGGGGGCAGUGCUGGGUCAGAAACGAUUGUCUACGGCUGUGCCUAGGGGGCAGAGUAAGCGGACGCGGUAG